GUGCCCAGAGCUGCGCAGGCGCGGUUCGCGUGCGGCCGACAAGAUGUCGUUUCCCAAGUACAAGCCGUCGUCCCUGGCUACGCUACCCACGACCCUCGAUCCCGCCGAGUACGACAUAUCUCCGGAGGCCCGGCGCGCUCAGAGCGAGCGGCUGGCCAUAAGGUCGCGGCUUAAGCAGGAGUAUCUGCUUCAGUACAACGACCCCAGCCGCCGAGGGCCCAUUGAAGAUCCUGCCUUGGUUCGGUGGACCUAUGCUAGAUCAACAAAUAUCUAUCCCAAUUUCCGGCCUACUCCCAAGAACUCCCUCAUAGGAGCUGUGUUUGGCAUUGGACCCCUGGUGUUCUGGUAUUACGUUUUCAAAACUGACAGAGAGAAGAAAGAAAAACUUAUCCAGGAAGGAAAAUUGGAUCGAUCAUUUAACAUCUCAUAUUAAGUUUGGUGAUAAUGACUGUAUGUAUUCUUGCUUAAAUAAACCUAUCAACCAUUA